CAACUCCAAAACCAUGGACAUGAAUCCCAACACUACACUCCCUCCAGGAUUUAGAUUUCAUCCUACCGACGAAGAACUCAUCGUUUACUAUCUCAAAAACCAAACCAUGUCCAGACCAUGCCCUGUCUCGAUCAUACCAGAAGUUGAUAUCUACAAGUUCGACCCAUGGCAAUUACCCGAAAAAACAGAGUUUGGAGAAAAUGAAUGGUAUUUCUUCAGCCCAAGAGACCGAAAGUAUCCAAACGGAGUCCGACCAAACCGGGCAGCUGUUUCCGGUUAUUGGAAAGCGACCGGUACAGACAAAGCCAUUUACAGUGGUUCUAGUAACGUAGGUGUCAAGAAAGCUCUCGUCUUCUACAAAGGUCGACCUCCCAAGGGGAUCAAAACUGAUUGGAUCAUGCACGAGUACCGUCUCAUCGAUUCACGUAAAGCAUCAACCAAACGUAACGGUUCCAUGAGGUUGGAUGAAUGGGUUCUAUGUAGGAUAUACAAGAAGAGAUUAGGAGCAGGGAAGCUUCUAGAUGAGAAAGAGGGUUACAUGGAUGAAGUACAAAUCGAUGAGACGUUAACAGUUGCUACGAACGAAGUAGAGAGAAGAAAUGAGGAAGAGAUAAUGAUGAUGACGUCGACGAAGCUUCCUAGAACGUGUUCACUUGCUCAUUUGCUAGAAAUGGAUUACAUGGGACCCAUCUCCCACAUUUUAACGCCGUUCGAUCUUCAUAUUCCUGAUCCGAACAUGGUGAACGAGUCUGGUUGGUUCGGAGAUCUACAGAUAAACCAAGACGAGUUAUUGAACCAUCAUCGACCGGCUAGUACUAUGUUUCAGUUUUAGUGAUGGAUUGUUAUAAAGAAAAUUGUAAAAUAGUAACUAGUAAAGAACCAAAUGUGAUUCUUUAUAUUUUCUCGCAUAUGAAUGUGAACCGAAAAAAGAUAUGUUUAAUUAAUAUAAAGCUGUUUCAGCAUGUUCAAAC